UCGAACGGACCAGUGCAGUGAUGAUGUUCCGCGCAGUGUUAGCUAUCGGUUUGGCCGCCAUCGCGGUGCAGGCCGAUUCCGACUUCGAAACAUGGCAAAAGGUAAACAGCCUGAUGCCCCGUGGACUGGAAUCGAUGCCGGAGACCCCGGGAACCGGAUUCAUCGUCGGAGGUCUGGAUGCGUCGAUUGCCGAUUUUCCCUACAUGUUGUCACUCCGUUUAAACGGAUCGCACAUGUGCGGUGCUUCGGUGAUUUCUGAGGAAUGGGUCCUGACGGCGGCCCAUUGCACUUUUGCUUUUUUGAACCGGGAAGAACUGACGCUUCAGGGUGGAACCCACAAUCGAUCGGAUGGAGGAGUGAUUUUCACUAUUGCUGAGGUUGUGGAACAUCCGUUGUGGGAUCUGAACACGAUUACUUUUGAUGUAGCCGUUAUUAGGACGGUGGAACCUCUGGUCGGUCACUAUUACAUCCGACCAGUUGCUCUGGAUCCGGUGGGAACGGAACAUCCGGCUGGCAGCCGAGCUGUUAUUUCCGGUUGGGGUCGAACAACAGUUGAGUACUUCGAGAUCCCUGAAAUCUUACAAAAAUUGAGCAAGCCUAUCAUCGAUCAGGAGCUGUGCGAUUAUCUCUGGGGUGGAUUCGUUCAGGAUGAUAUGCUUUGUGCCGGGCUGGAGCUGGGUCAUGAUGCCUGUAACAUGGACAGCGGUGGCCCGAUGGUCGUCAAUGGCGUUCAGAUUGGAGUCGUUUCCUGGGGUAACAGCCAGUGUGCUGGAAACUAUCCCGGGGUCUAUGCUCGUGUUGCCUUCCCCGGAAUCCGUAACUGGAUCACUGAAGUCACUGGAAUUUGAAUUUAUCGUUAGUUAGCUUUUGAAUAAACGAUAAUAAAGUUCUGAUG